AUCAACUAACACACUAAAACACACACAAAAAUUAAAACCCUUCACAAAAUCUGCUAUAUUGCUUUAAUUUAUUGUGCUCCUCUUUGUGAAAUGGCUUACAAUUUUUCAUUGGUGGUUGCAAUUUUAGCUCUAUCACUUUCAGUUAUUGUCACGGCAACUGACAAUAGUGCUCUUCAGGAUUUCUGCGUCUCAGACCCACAAGGCCAAGUGUUAGUGAAUGGUUUGGUGUGCAAGGAUCCGAAGGUUGUUGAAGCAAAUGAUUUCUUCUUCAGUGGUCUUCACAUAGCUGGAAACACCUCAAACCCUAGUGGAUCUAAAGUCACUCCAGUGGCUGCAACUCAGCUACCAGGACUCAACACACUCGGCAUAUCCAUAGCUCGCAUUGAUUAUGCUCCAUGGGGGAUUAACCCUCCUCACACACAUCCUCGCGCCUCCGAAAUCUUGACAGUUCUUGAUGGAUAUUUGGAGGUUGGAUUCGUCACUUCCAACCCCGAAAACCGCCACAUUCGGAAGGUUCUACAAAAGGGUGACGUCUUUGUGUUUCCGGUGGGACUUGUUCACUAUCAGAGAAAUGUAGGCAACAUUAAUGCUGUUGCCAUUGCUGCUCUUAGUAGUCAAAAUCCCGGAGUUAUCACUGUUGGUAAUGCUGUUUUUGGAUCUACACCUGAAAUUGCUACUGAUGUUCUUGUUAAGGCUUUUCACUUGGAUGAAACUACCAUCGGUUAUCUCCAGUCCAAGUUCAAGAAUUGAAAUGAGUAGAAAGAAUUUAACUAAUUUAUGCACAAUUGUUUUUAUGUUCUGAUUAUUAU